UCCCCACGAAAUCUCUCCUCCCUCCUCCGUCGUGUCGUCUCCUCUCCUCUCCUCUCACACCGCGGCCUCCUGCUACCUGGGAGCCACGCCGCCCUCCUCGCCGGCGGCCGCACACGCCUAUGGUGAGUGGAUAGUGAGCUGCAAGUUACCAUUAUCAGAAUGGAUGGUAGUAAUGAGAAUAUUCAGUUCUCAUGGGGAAAGAAGAGAGCAAAAGGUGGUGCUAAGAUGGAUACACAGUUUUAUGACUCCUUCACAUUUGACAAUGUGAAAUACUCAUUGUAUGACAAUGUGUAUCUUUUUAAGAGCGGUGAAUCGGAACCUUACAUUGGAAAGAUAAUAAAGAUAUGGCAGCAAAAUCAAGUGAAGAAAGUAAAGAUUCUUUGGUUUUUUCUCCCGGAUGAGAUUAAAAAACAUUUAAGUGGCCCUGUGAUGGAAAGGGAGAUUUUUCUUGCUUCUGGUGAAGGCACUGGCCUUGCAGAUAUCAACCCGCUGGAAGCUAUUGCUGGGAAAUGCACUGUUGUUUGCAUUUCAAAGGAUGAGAGGAAUCGCCAACCUUCCCAUAGGGAACAAGCAAUGGCCGAUUAUAUCUUCUACAGGUUCUUUGAUGUUAAAGAGUGCAAACUCUCGGAACAACUACCUGAGAAAAUUGCAGGGCUAGAAGGGCAACUUUUGCUUAAUCCAAAAGUUGAGCAAGUGACAUCCUGUUCAGAUCAGGAAGUGCAUGGUGUCGAUCAGAAGGUGCUUCAUGUCCCAGUUCCCCUUCCCCAGUCAACGGUUAUGGAGGAUGAAAGUCCAGUUGCUGCAGUUUCCCAACCUCAGUCAGUGGCCAAGGAGGAAAUUGUGGCUUCAGCCAUUCCCUUUACCCAAUCAGUGGCCAUGGAGGAAAGUGUGGCUGCUGCCAUUCCCCCGCCCCAGGUAGCAGCUAAGGAGGAGAAUGUUACCAAACCUACAGAGAAUGUUCCCAAAUCGACAGUUAACAUUCCCAAAUCGGCACAGAAAGUUCUCUCUGGUGAGAGACCCCCAAAGAGGGUGAAAUUUUCUGAAAAUGUUACAGUGAAAAAUGUGGCAUCAGAUGUUUCCGAAAGAACAAAUCGCACUGGACCUUUGGAACUAGCAGCAAGACAGGCUGACAGAAGCAAAUGGUUCAAGAUUCCAUGGCAUACCAGACUACAAAAUGCUGAUGAGCAAGGAACACUUGUGUACAUUCAGAAUCUCGACAUACAGUUUGCUGCUGCUGACAUAGAGGAACUUAUACGUGAUGCAUUACAACUAACUUGUAUUGCUAAGCCUAUUAACCACCCAACUUAUGAUGAUCCAAACAAUGGAAAAGCAUAUGCUAUAUUCAAAACUAAAAGUGCCGCGGAUUCUGCUAUUUCAAAAAUUAAUUCAGGCUUGGUGGUUGGUGGAAGACCCCUUUAUUGCAGCAAAGGUUUGCUUAAGGUUCCAAAACCUUCAGAAACUCUCACCGGUCACUUAACCAUCAGCAAUCUUAAAAUGGGUCAAAGACAACGGGAAGAGCAGAAGAAGGCAGUGUCAACCUCGCAUUGUUCUCAGCCUAAUACGAUGGAGUAUGAUUUGGCCUUGGAUUGGAUGCUUAUCCGCGAAAAGCAAGACAUGAAAUUUAGGUUACUUCAGAAGAAACAUAACGAUGAGAGAAAAACCUUUGCGAGUAAGAUUGGAAAAUAACUAGCUUCCAUGGAUUUGGUUAAGCGAUGGGAACUGUCCCUGUUGUGCUUAUCUUGGAGUUCUCUACUGAGUACUGACUAUUAUCCCUCAGAGCUUUGUGCACUUUUUGCCUGAAGCAACACUUAUCUGAAAUUCUUUCUGGUGCUCAAGAGCGAUAUGCCGACCAUUUGUGUUUGGCUUGCACUUACUGAAUUUUGAGGGGGACAGCUAACUGCACCACAGUCUGACUGCUCAUGUUCCGUAGACCAUUAUGCUAGAAAGGAAAGAAUUGUGACAUAGCUUCAGAAACCAAAGUAGCAUUGGUAGAAGUAGCCCCUGCAGCAUGUUAUGAAAGCCAGAGGCUGCUUUAGGUUACCCCGUACAUCAGUUUUGAUCUUGUACGCGGAGUUGUUGGAUCUGUUGCUGCGUGUUAGAUAGCAAAUCACGAGUGCAGUCAUGAAA